UUGUAACGGGACGGUUGUAACACCUUGAAUUCCUCUGCGCAUGCUCAGUGAGUGUCUCCAUUCCUGCUAAAAAAAAAAGAGCCACAUUUGAAACUUCCUGACGGUGUUAUCUAGAAAAGCUUGUUUUUGAGGUAAAAAAAAGACUUUCCUGUCUGAUGUACUUUUGUGGAUGCUGUUUUAAGAUCAAACGUCUAUGAAUUCAAACAAGUAUUAUUAGAACAAAUAAUUAUUAGCUAAAAAUAGAAAUGGCUAACGAGUGUCAAACUAGCAGUCAAGCUAACUCACGUGACAUGAAAACGCGGUUGGUGAUACAACCGUCACAGUAUCACCAACUGUGUAUAAUUAAACAUGUUUAAUUAAUGCUUAUUGUUUAUUGAUUGUUUUUUACUUGAUUUUAGGUGACCUUGAGUGCAAUGAAAGGCUCCAUCAAAUAAAAUGUAUAUUUAUUAUCAUUAUUAUUAUUGCAAAAGGUGUUAUAACUGUCCCUGGUCUCCCCUACAAUUCUUAAAAGUUAUAAAAUAAGAAUGUACAUUAUAAACUGCUCGGUACAUACAGUAUAAACAAGGACUGAACAUCGCACACUACGACACUAAAACUGAACUUGAACAGUAGUGCAACACUGCCAUCUAGAGGCGCCAGACCGUAGUGCUCCGCUCGUCACGUUGCUGUUUGCCUGCUGUUGCUGUUGCGUCCGGACGCAGCCGUCGCCUGGACGCUCCUGCUCCUGUCAUCUGGAGGAAACUCCUCCCCGCAGACAGCGCGUCCUGUCGCCUCUCCAGCGCAAUGGUCUCCUGGAUAAUCUCUAGACUUGUGGUACUCGUCUUUGGUACACUAUACCCUGCUUACUCAUCUUAUAAAGCUGUGAAAUCGAAAGACGUGAAAGAAUACGUGAAAUGGAUGAUGUACUGGAUAAUAUUUGCCCUCUUCACAACUGUGGAAGUGUUCACAGAUAUGUUUCUUUGUUGGCUUCCUUUCUACUAUGAGCUGAAGAUAGCCUUCGUGGUGUGGCUGUUGUCCCCUUACACUAAAGGCUCCAGCGUGCUCUACAGGAAGUUUGUUCAUCCCACACUUUCCUCAAAAGAAAAGGACAUUGACGACUACAUCUGUCAAGCCAAGGACAAAAGCUACGACACGCUGGUUCACUAUGGGAGGAGAGGGCUGAAUGUCGCGGCCACAGCUGCAGUCAUGGCGGCAUCAAAGGGCCAAGGAGUGCUUUCAGACAGACUGAGGAGUUUCAGCAUGCAGGAUCUGUCUUCCUUCCAGUCUGACACGGACAACGGCGCCUCUGGCACGACACAGCCCGCAGCAGGAGCAGCAGGAGCAGCAGGAGCAGGAGGAGCAGGAGGAGCAGGAGCAGGACAGCAUCGAACCAGAUCUAUGAUGCGCAGCAAGUCAGAAAGCUACAGCAAAGGACAGGAUUUUGACAUAGCUGAGUUUGAGGUGUUGGGGUUAGACCAGUGGGACUCCAAGGAGUCGCUGUCCCAGACCAUUUCAGCCCCCGAGUCCGCACCAAUUACGCCCUCUCUGACACCGCAGCCGAGCCCGCCGUCCGCACCCUCUCCACCUCCCGCUCCGUCCGGGGGGGCGGGGAAAGAGGGGCAGGCCACCGUGAGCUCACCACAGCUCAGGCUGAUUAAGAGGAAAGCUCCUGAGCCUCCUCUUAGGCCUCUCACGAGAUCCAGGAGUGCUCUCUCUUCGAACAAUGAAGCCAUGUGAAACUGUCCUCAAACAUAAUCCAGCUGCCUUUUGCUGCAAGAAGUAAAAAAAAAAGAAAAAAGAAAA